GUUUGGUACUAAGUGUGGUUUAUCCUUCGUGUAGUAAACUCUCAACGUAUUUUGCACCAUCAUGACUGGCCGUGGUAAGGGAGGAAAAGGAUUGGGUAAAGGAGGAGCUAAGCGUCAUCGUAAAGUUCUUCGUGACAACAUCCAAGGUAUCACUAAGCCAGCUAUCCGUCGUCUGGCCCGUCGUGGUGGAGUCAAACGUAUCUCCGGAUUGAUCUACGAAGAAACUCGUGGUGUUCUCAAGGUCUUUCUUGAAAACGUCAUCCGUGAUGCCGUCACCUACACUGAACACGCCAAAAGGAAGACUGUCACUGCUAUGGAUGUCGUCUACGCAUUAAAACGUCAAGGUCGCACUCUCUACGGUUUCGGAGGUUAAAUUUUCAAUCACUCGUCUCUUUAAAAACAAAACGGUCCUUUUCAGG